GUCAUGUGUCUCCCAGCCGGCAGGCGGCGCUGUGGGGCGGUGCAGCGGUGCGGCAGACCCCGGGGGAACUGUUGUGGUGUCCGGCAGAAAGACUGUCAGCAUGGCGGACGUAUUUUUCACGUCAUGCUUUGCUUUUCAGUGUUUUGGUACAAUAGCGUACCAUUAAUUAUCAGUAAUGUAAACAGUGAGCUGUAUCUUCAGAUACUAACGGCUGUUCUUACACUGAGCUGAAGCAGCCGUUACACCGCUCGCUGUCGGUCGGUCUGUCGGUCUGUCUGCACACGUCGUGACUUGUGACCCAGUUUGGUUUGUUUUCCUGGACUGACCCGAAUGGGAUGAAACACCAGGAGCCUAAACACGGACCAAAGAGGGUGACAUCUUAAUACUCAUACUUGAGUCAAAGAAGAAAUAAAAUUAGCCUCAGUGAAAGAAACACACACCAAAAACUAACAAUGGGUGAAGUGACUGUAGAAGUAGAUGAGGAAGUGACGAAACAGGACUUCUCCUUGGAGCCACUCCCAGAGCCCCUACUGAUAAUCCUGUCCCCACCUCCACCUUUCUUACCUGUCCCUGGUGAACCGACCAUGUUUUGGCAUAAGUGGCUUAAAGCUUUUGAACACUACGUUGAAGCGCUCGGUGAAAACGAGCUCAUCGACUCCAGUAAGUGUGUGCUCUUAGAGAACUGCCUUGGCCCAGAGGGCCAGCGUAUUUUCACAACACUGAUCCAGAGUGAAACCACGUACGCAGCAGCCAUCUCAGCGCUGACGGUUUUCUUCAGCUCUGAUCAUGCCUCUCAGAUGUAUCGCCUUAAAUUUCAUCAGAGGGCUCAGAUGCCCGGAGAGACUGUAGAACAGUUUGUGUCUGCGUUAGAAGAACUGCUGAGGCCUUGCAACUAUGGAGACUUACAAGACAAAAUUCUCCUGGAUCAGCUGAUUGAGAAAACAAACUGCCCACAAUUUAAAGAGAGGCUGCUGUUGGAGAGGAAAACUCUGACCUUGGAUAAGGCAUUGGUUAUCGGUAAAGAGGUUGAAUCUGUUUUAAAUGAAUCUGAACUGUUUGGUAUUCACGAGGUCAGUGUGGACAUAGGAGACUAUUUAGACCCUCCUGUUCAAAGAAAGGCCAAAAGAGGACGUCCUCGGCGUGGGGAGAGAAGGGCGAAAAACAAAACAAAACCACACUCGACUAAAACCCCAACAAGAUCAUCUAGAUACAAAGAUAAUUACUAUUACAGCAAUGAUAAGCUAUAUUAUAGUGAUGAAGAUAAGUCUAAGAGUGCUGAUAAGACUAAUCUGACUUGUGAUGAAGCUGGCGAUAAAGAAGGUAAGGGUGAUGAUUUGGCCUUGUCAUCAUCAUCACAGAGGAUGGAAGAGGAAGGCUGCGACAAAGCUUGUGAUGGUGUCGAUGAUGAUGAUGAGGAGGAGGAGGAGGAGGAUGAUGAUGAUGAUGAUGAUGUUGACUUUGCCAUUUCUUCGACUAAACCAAAAGGCCCCUACUGUCCCUUCUGUAUUGACAGGCGCUUCAGAGAUGCAAACAAGCUCGCCAGACACAUGAGGACGCACACAAAGGAGAAACCGUUCAGCUGCCCCAUCUGUGCUGUGACCUUCAGCCAGUCCUACCACAUGACCCGGCACCUGAGGAACCAGCACGGUGCCGGCCCACACGUCUGCUCGACAUGUGGGAAAAGUUUAGGGAGCUUUGAAGAGCUGAAAAGUCACAGGAGGACGCACACGUCGCAAGUUCCGUCAUGUCCCGACUGUCAUGAAAAAUUCACUAACAAUGGUGCAUUUCUUAGUCAUAUCAUGUCACACAACACAGACCAGUCUGCCCAGCAAGAGGGACAGAGUUCCCAGCAAAGUGAGGAAGUGACAAACGAAGAAAUAAUUGAAUCAUGUAACAAAGAUAAUCAUGAGAGUGAUGCAUCUGAGAAUGAUGCAGACUCUGGCAAUGAUGAUUCUCAGGAUAAAGGAUCUGAAGUUGGUGUGACUGAAGAUAAGGACACUGAUAAAGCUGAAUCUCAAGAUGGAGGCAGUCAGAAAGAAAAAGUCGCCUCUAAGACUAAAACAAAAGGCCAUUACUGUCCCAUCUGUGUCGGCAGGCGCUUCAGAGGGCCAAACAAACUUGCCAGACACAUGAGGACGCACACAAAGGAGAAACCGUUCAGCUGCCCUGUCUGCGCUAUGACCUUCAGCCAGUCCUACCACAUGACCCGACACCUGAGGAACCAGCACGGCUUGGGCCAGUACAUCUGCUCUAAAUGUGGGAAAAGUUUAAGCAGCUGGCUGGAAUUUAAAGCACACAAGAAGACUCAUGCAGUUGAAGGCCUGACAUGUCUUGCAUGUGAUAAACAGUUCAAGGAGAAGGCUGCACUUGUGAGUCAUCUUAAAUUACACAAGAAGGUCCAGUCCAGCCCUCGAAGCCUCACCUGCGGUGAUUGCGGCAAAGUAUUUGGUCGAAUGUAUCAUUUGAAAAGGCACAUAGUGACCCAUCGCAAAGCAGCAAACGGCGAGUGUUACACGUGCCCUGAUUGUCAGAAGAAUUUUGCCUUCCCAGAAGACCUCAACAAACACCUGGAGAUUCAUGUGAAAGAAAACAAUGGGACUUGUCCGAAAUGUGACGAAACCUUCAGUAGUCCAGAAGAACUGGAGACGCACAUGGGGGUUCAUGAAAAGUCUUACAUCUGCAACACCUGUGGGAAGAAGUUUAAGGUCGAGUACGCGCUGAAGAAGCAUGAGCAAGGCCACCAAGAUGAACAGUAUUAUUGUUCCUUGUGCCGCAAACGCUUCAUCAAGCUGUCUCACUACAAGAGGCACAUAAUGGUACAUGACAGACGGGAAUCCAGAUGUCCACACUGUGACAGCGUCUUUCUAAAGUUAACAGCUUUGAAGUAUCACCUGCGGACUCAUACAGAAGAAAGACCGUAUCAGUGCACCUGCUGUAUUGAGACCUUUGAGGAGAAGGAAGAUCUAGAGCAGCACUGCCUCAAACACAGGAAAUUCAAGAGGCAGAGGCCGUACUCGUGCACUCGGUGUGAUUUCGCUUUCACUACGCUAAUUGAGCUGACAGAACACAUGAGCUCACACGAGGGAGAGCAGCCGCUGAACUGCCCCGUCUGCGGCAGGACUUUCCUGAACAAGAACAAGCUGGAGAAGCACCUGAGCAUCCACACGGGGGAGAGACCUCACCUCUGCUCCGUCUGCGGCAACGGCUUCCCCUCGGCCGCCAGCCUCAAGUUACACAUCCACAUCCACACCGGAGAGAAACCCUUCCAGUGUUCGCAGUGCAGCAAGAGUUUCAGGUCGUCCAGCGGGCUGCGGCUGCACAGCAGACAGCACAUGGAGGUGCGGCCCAGCUACGAGUGUCCCGAGUGUGGCAGGACUUAUGGUCGCAUGACUGAGCUGAAGAUGCACCAGCGCUAUCACACGGGGGAUAAACCGUACGCAUGCACCUGCUGCAGCAAACGCUUUAUUAGCAAAGACAAACUGAACGUUCACAUGAGGAUACACACAGGGGAGAGGCCGUACUCCUGCCCUCACUGUGGACAAACAUUUACACAGACUGGGGACAGAAACAGACACAUCAGUAAAUACCACUAGUUCGAUGCUGGAGUAACAGAACUGCAGUGAAGCGUCGGUUGUUGCUUUUGAAUUAUCGUAUUAGUGGUUUUGCAUGUUUGUAGGGGAAGUAGCAUUAAGAAUCAAUUCAGAUUCAUAUUUUUCUCAUAUUAUUUUUUUUAAAUAUAUAAGAAAUCAAAUAUGUUAUAAGUUAACUUAGGCAGAUUUAGGCUGCCAUUAACACUAAUAUAAAUGAUGAGGAUAUGUGAUUGUUUUUUGGUAAAAUAAAGAAGAAUAUAGAUAUUCUCUCUUGUAGAAAACAAAAUAAAAUCCAAAACGCCACCGCAAAGUAAGGCCUUAAAAUGAUCAAUCAACCAAUGCUCAAUCUAGUCUUCUGGUCACUGUAUAAAUAAUGUGUUACAGAUGGGAAAUGAUCCUUCUGUCUGAUAUCUAAGACACUCAACCAGCAACCUUCUCAGUGCAGGAAACUUCCAUAUUCACAUUAGGAUUCCCAUGUUUGCUGGGUUUGAUUUUAUGAAUGCAGUGCUUUAUGUUGGUGCACUUUUACCUAAUGGAUGAUGGGCUAAACAUGCAAAACCACUGAUUUCUCUGUGCAGUAUAAGCCUUCACUGUUACCAUCCAAAUAGUUUGUCGCUGCUGCGCUUUUUUCUGUAAGAUUCAUACCUGGACGUUCUUCUAUAUUACUACAUCUACUACUACAUUACCACUUAAUACAAAAGCUCUGCAUGAGGGUUUAGUCCUUGUAGCUCAUCCCUCUCACCCUGUGCAUGAUGCGCCCUCCCCACACAGCACUUUCUCAUUCAAGCACCCCGUCUUACCAACAAACACACACUAGUGACCAGCAUGUAAAUGGUUCUUUGCCAUCCAGAGCUUUUUUACAGUUUGCACUGGAGAUUUGUCAGGGACACACAGCUCUCGCCCAAAUCUGUGGCUACAAACUGCAUAUAAUCACGGUCACUCAAAUGACACUAAAGAUUUCAGAGAUCAUGUUUCAAUACUUUUAUUGUCCUCCCCACCACAGUAUGUGUUGUCAUGAUAUUAUGUUUGUUUCAUUUCAAGUUUUGAAAUAUCUUUAUUUAGGCUUCUCUGUAAUCAAGCAUUUUGUAACUGUGUUUAGAAAAGUGCCAUAAAAAUAAAACUAUUAUUCACUAGCA